AUGGCGGUGAGGAAGGACAUGGCCGUGGUGGUGGCGGCUAUGAUGGUGCUGGCGCUGCUGGCUCUGGCAAGCACAGCGAGCGCCGCCGCGGCGCCGUGCAACGCGGGGCUGCUGGCUGCGUGCGCGUCGCCGGUCAUGACGGGGUCCAAGCCGAGCGCCGCGUGCUGCUCCAACCUGCGCGCGCAGCAGGGGUGCUUCUGCCAGUUCGCCAAGAACCCCAUCUACGGCCGCUACAUCCAAAGCCCCUACACCCGCCAGACCGUCUCAACCUGCGGCAUCGCCCUGCCACACUGCUAG